GAUUGGUGGUUCACCGUUCCUCCCUCACUGUCAAUUUCUCAUCCCUCACCAUUUCCUCUCUCUCUCUCUCUGUCUUUCUCUCUCUACCUUCUCCAUUCUCUCUGCAUCAAUGCGCUAACCCUCUCUCUCUCUCUCUCUCUCCACAUUCUUCAGGGAAGAAUCGAUGAAUUCAUCGUCGUAGCUUCAAUUCGUUCCAAUGUGGUUGGAUAACUAUAUAUGAGUUCCGAUCAGCCACUGCUUUCGGAACCAGAUCUUCAUCCAGUCAUCCACCACCGCCACCGCAAAUCGGGACAAUCCCGGACCACCUGCCUCUGCUCCUUCGACGACGACGCCGCCGUUGUUGUUGUUCCUCACCCUCCCCUAACCUCCGAUCCCGCCUCGGACGACGUCGUUUUGGCCAGCGACCGCAGCUUCCACGCUGCGUUCUGCAACAGCACCAGCUCCUCCUCUUUUGCCACCACCGACCGUGAUUUCUGCUCCGUCGCGUCUCAAUUCUCCGGGCAGUUUCCGUUGGAAUGCCCCACGCCGCGCGAGAGGUCCACGCGCAAUCUAUCGUGGGGUACAAUGGAACUGCACGAUGCCCAUGCCGAUAGUGCCAAUGCCAAUGCCGGUACCAUUCACCGCGCGGCUGCGUCGUUUGAAAUAUCCUCCACGGCGGCACCACCACCACCGGGACCUUCUCAGAGGAUUCGUCAUAAGAGCAUGCAAUUCGACGAUGUAGCCUUACAUGAAGAUAGUGCCAGGUUGAUCUAUAUCAAUGACCCUAGGAAAACUAAUGACAAGUAUGAGUUUACUGGGAAUGAGAUUACAACUAGCAAAUACACUUUUUUAACAUUCUUGCCGAAAAAUCUGUUCAUUCAGUUCCAUAGGGUUGCUUAUUUGUAUUUCCUUGCUAUCGCGGCGCUUAAUCAGCUUCCUCCGUUGGCUGUGUUUGGGAGGACAGUGUCCCUUUUUCCCUUGUUGUUUGUGCUCUGUGUUACAGCUAUUAAGGAUGGUUAUGAGGAUUGGCGGAGGCACAGGUCGGAUCGGAAUGAAAACAAUAGGGAAUCUUUAGUGCUUCAGUUUGGUGAUUUUCGAUCGAAGAAAUGGAAGAAGAUACAAGCUGGUGAGGUUGUCAAGAUAUUUGCUGACGAGACGAUUCCAGCUGAUAUGGUGUUGUUGGGGACAAGUGAUCCGAGUGGUCUCGCCUAUAUUCAGACGAUGAAUUUGGAUGGGGAGUCGAAUUUGAAGACGAGGUAUGCAAGGCAGGAAACUGCUUCUGCGGUUUUAUCAGAGGCUUGUAAUGUUUCUGGGUUUAUCAGAUGCGAACAGCCGAACCGGAAUAUCUAUGAGUUCACAGCUAACAUGGAGUUCAAUGGGCUCAAGUUUUCCCUUAGUCAGUCGAACAUUGUGCUGCGUGGUUGCCAGCUGAAGAACACGGAUUGGAUAAUUGGUGUUGUGGUUUAUGCAGGACAGGAAACGAAAGCCAUGUUGAACAGUGCACCUUCUCCUUCUAAGAGAAGCAGGUUGGAGAGCUACAUGAACAGGGAGACCCUUUGGUUGUCAAUUUUCCUCUUUAUCAUGUGUUUGGUUGUGGCCCUUGGGAUGUGUCUUUGGCUGGUACGCCACAAAAACCAGCUUGAUUCCCUGCCUUACUAUAGAAAAAGAUACCUCAACAAUGGGCCAGAUAAGGGAAAGAAAUACAAGUAUUAUGGGAUACCGAUGGAAGCAUUUUUCGCUUUUUUGAGUGCUAUUAUUGUGUUUCAGAUAAUGAUACCAAUAUCUCUUUACAUUACAAUGGAGUUGGUUCGAUUGGGUCAGUCAUACUUCAUGAUUGAAGACAGGGAUAUGUUUGACAUUAGCUCUGGAUCUAGAUUUCAGUGUAGAUCAUUAAAUAUAAAUGAAGACUUGGGUCAAAUACGCUAUGUAUUUUCAGACAAGACAGGAACACUAACAGAAAACAAGAUGGAAUUCCAGAGGGCUAGUGUACAUGGGAAGAAUUAUGGCAGCUCCUUGCUUGUGGCUGAUAGCAACGCAGCAUCAGCAGCAGCUGUCACUCCUGAACGGAGAUGGAAGCUCAAAUCUGAAAUUGCAGUUGAUUCCAAACUGUUGACCAUGUUGUGGAAAGACUCAAAUAGAGAUGAAAGAAUUGCUGCUCAUGAGUUUUUUCUUACAUUGGCUGCUUGUAAUACUGUGAUCCCUAUAAUUAAUGAUGGUGGAUUUUCUGGUUGUGGAUCAAGUGAACCAAAUGAAGAUAUAGAUUGCAUUCAUUACCAGGGAGAAUCUCCUGAUGAACAAGCUCUAGUUUCUGCAGCCUCUUCAUAUGGAUAUACUCUUUUUGAGCGAACAUCUGGACAUAUUGUUAUUGACGUCAAUGGUGAGAAACUCAGAUUGGACGUAUUGGGCUUGCAUGAGUUUGAUAGUGUGCGAAAGAGAAUGUCUGUUGUUAUUCGGUUUCCCGACAAUGUUGUAAAGGUGUUAGUCAAAGGCGCUGAUACAUCAAUGUUUAGCAUUUUGGCAAGCGACAGUGAGAACAACAAUAGCAUAUGGCAUGCAACUCAGAACCAUUUAAAUGAAUAUUCUUCACAAGGUUUGCGCACUCUUGUAAUUGCCUCCAGGGAUCUUUCUGAUGCUGAGCUUGAGGAGUGGCAAGACAGGUAUGAAGAGGCAAGCACUUCAUUGACUGACAGAGCUGCUAAACUACGUCAAACAGCGGCACUUAUAGAAUGUAAUUUAAAGCUACUUGGAGCAACUGGAAUUGAGGACAAGCUGCAAGAGGGUGUACCUGAAGCCAUCGAGUCCCUGCGGCAAGCUGGAAUCAAGGUCUGGGUUCUUACAGGUGAUAAGCAAGAGACAGCAAUUUCAAUUGGUCUUUCCUGCAAACUUCUCAGUGCUGAUAUGCAGCAGAUUAUUAUAAAUGGCACUUCAGAAGAUGAAUGCAGAAGUCUUUUGUCUGAUGCUAAAGCCAAAUAUUGUGUGAGAUCUUCAAGUGGAGGGCGCCGUAAUAUGAAGUGCAAAACCACUGCUGGACAUUGUGAACUUGAUAUUCCCAAUGGUUUAAAAUCGAGUUUACCCAAGUGGAAUCCAGGAAAGGAAGAAAGUACUACUACUCCAUUGGCACUCAUAAUUGAUGGAAACAGUUUGGUUUAUAUUUUGGAGAAGGAACUGGAGUCAGAGCUUUUCGACCUUGCAACUUCCUGUAGGGUUGUGCUGUGUUGUCGUGUUGCACCCUUGCAGAAGGCAGGAAUUGUUGAUCUGAUAAAGAGCCGCACAGAUGAUAUGACACUGGCCAUUGGCGACGGAGCCAAUGACGUGUCAAUGAUCCAAAUGGCAGAUGUUGGUGUUGGAUUAUGUGGACAGGAAGGGCGCCAAGCAGUGAUGGCAGCAGAUUUUGCUAUGGGACAAUUUCGGUUCUUGAAAAGAUUACUCCUGGUUCAUGGGCACUUGAAUUAUCAGCGUGUUGGUUAUCUAGUUCUGUACAACUUUUACCGAAAUGCUGUCUUUGUAUUGAUGUUAUUCUGGUAUAUAUUAUGCACAGCUUUUUCUACAACUUCUGCAUUGACAGAUUGGAGUAGUGUAUUCUAUUCUGUGAUAUACACAUCUGUACCUACUAUUAUUGUUGGUAUUCUGGACAAAGACUUGAGUCACAGGACACUCUUGCAGUAUCCAAAACUAUAUUGUACUGGCCACAGGCAAGAAGCUUACAAUAUGCAAUUAUUUUGGAUCACAAUGAUUGACACAGUAUGGCAGAGCCUUGUUCUCUUCUACACACCGUUGUUCACCUAUAAGGACAGUUCAAUUGAUAUAUGGAGCAUGGGCAGUUUGUGGACAAUUGCAGUUGUUGUCCUUGUAAAUGUACACCUGGCUAUGGACAUCAAUCGUUGGGUAUUAGUUACUCAUUGCGCAGUCUGGGGAUCAAUAAUCACUACAUAUGGCUGUAUGGUGGUAUUGGAUUCUAUACCUGCCUUUCCCAAUUACUGGACUAUUUAUCAUCUGGCAAGGUCCCCUACAUAUUGGAUAACAAUUUUACUUAUAAUAGUUGUGGGAUUGCUCCCUCGCUUUACUUGUAAAGUUGUAUGUCAAAUAUUUUGGCCUUCAGAUAUCCAGAUAGCAAGAGAAGCUGAGCUAAUGAGAAAACAACAUGAUCGUGUGCAGUCAAGGCAACAAGUUUCCAGCUAACUUGUUUUACUGUCAGGGGUAUCACAUGUAGAAGCUAAAGAAAUCUCAAUUGAAAAUAGCUUCCCUUGUAUUUGUCCAUCACAAUGCAUUCUUGCAGCAGUUAGUUAAGUGACCAGAUGAGUUGAAGAAGCAGAUUGCACUGAUGUAAGACAAAUGCCUGGCAUCCUACAUAGUAACUGAUUAUAUCGCGGGGAAGCACCUUGCAAGUUACGAUUACAAGGCUAGUAAUUAUCUUGCUGGCAUUUCAAAUGCCUUGAAUCACGAAAGGAAAGUAAAUAGGAGAUGGAGGUUGGAAGAGGUUCAGACUAAGGCAUCUCCAGCAAUUUGAUAUGGGUGAAUUUAUCAGUGGGACAGUGCUACAUGAUAUAACACGGGUCUAUAGAGGGGUGUGGGAGAGACUAGAGUGUAACUAACUGUACUAUAGUUCUGUAUAAAAUGAGGUUUGGAAACGUCCUUUUAAAAGACAAUGUCUCAAGAAAGGAUAAUAUGCCUGAAAAAAGAAAAAAGUUAACUUCCACAAA